AUGGUGGUGAUCACACCGUCGCAGCCUCCUGCAACGGUGUAUGCGCUCCUGCAGAAGGCCAAGCCAUCCUGGAGCGCCAAAGACCUUCAACGAGUUUAUCAAAAAUUGCAAAAGGUUGCCAUCACAGACGGCGAGUCCCUGGCACGGUCCAUCUCCGAAGGAUCUUUGAACCCCACGCUUGCGGCGGCUGGCGAGCGGAAGCUCAAGUCAUCGACCCUGGCCUUUCUGAGGUUGGCCGUGCGCGAUCCGGUGCGGACGCCCAAGGAGAGCGUUGAUGAAUACAACGCGCGGCAGCACGCUAUGCAGACCCAGCUGCCGAGCCUGGCUUCGAGUCCUGGUCCUGCAAUGCUGAUGCCCUCCAAAAGACCCUCUCUCCCAGCUGCAGUCGUGCUCCCGCCGCUGACGCGGCCCUCACAACCAUCGCAUCGUUCCUGGAGGAGCCCGCUCGCGGAAGGUCGAGAGCACACCGCAGCAGAGUCCAUUAUGCUGGACAACAUCGUUUGGAGCCCACAAGGGGCUCCGAAGGAGGUUCCCGUGCAGGAGAAGACGAUCAACAACGUCAAGCCCAAGUUCGUGCCUCGACGGCCAGAUGAUGAGCCUUUGCCUGCCUCAAGCACGCCGGGCCCGUCACAAAAACGGGCAGCGGAAUCCAAGGAGAAUCGUGGAACUGCUGCCAAUGUUCCAUCGACGGAGAAUGAUCAAAGGGCGAAGACUGCGGACAGUGGAAUGAAAUCUGCUGCAGCUUCAACGUCGAACUCGAAUUCGUACUCCACUUUCAUUGGCAUGUCAGGCAAAAAGGGACAACGUGAGAGCAGAACCGAGGUUCGUUCUCAUCCGCAACUCAGAGACGCAGGUGGACCUGAGCGUACAGUCUUUCCAGUUGACCACGACGGUGUACCUGAUCUGGACAGGCCAGGUAAGCCUGCAGCACGUCUCCGCCGGCGCCCAAUGAAGGGUGAAGAGGUUUUUCCGGAACGCCGUCGAACCGAUGCGCGUCUCCAUCGCAGGAACAUCAUCCGAGCCUAUGGCUGA